AUACUGUCGUCUUGUUUAUUUUUCUCCUCUGUUGGCUAAACUUUUCCUCUUCUUCAACUUCUGGUUUACUAAAAUUUUAGGAACAACUUUUAUGGAGUAUGAUCUUUUGCAUGUCAAUAAAGAAAAAAACUUCUUGCUACAAUAUAUAUUACAGUGAUCCCACCACUUGAUUCAUGCCUCUUCUUCAACUAGUCAUGUACACACACACACACACACACAUAUAUAUAUAUACACUAUAUUGCCGUUUCUGUGUGUGUCUGUCUUCUUUCACGUGCUAUCAUGGUACAGUGAGAUUCUUUCCGUUACUGGUUGUUGGUCUAGAAUCUUUUUUUGCCAAAUAAAUUUUGCUAUUUUGUGGGUAAUAGUGUCAUAGUUUUUAUUGCGGGGCUUCGAAAAUUGAAUAUUGGGAAUUUACCAAGAUGGCAAUUAUUGCACUAUUGAGAUAUGCAUCAUUAUUUUCAGACCUCAUGCUUUGCUGUAUAUUCCCUUUUCUUCAUCAUUUUGUUACCAAUCUAGGAAUAUUAAUAAAUAAAAUGCCAGUUUUGAAAUAUCCAUCUCAACCGCAAGAAAAGCAUUAUUAAGUAUGAUUCACGUUUCAAUAUCAAUGCUAAAAUAGAGAGUGCUAAUUUCUGUGGGUUUAUAUAUUAUGAUGUCGUCUAAAAAAAAUAAUGAUAUUUCUGAAUAGUGUAACGCCUGGAGUAGAAAGUAAGUAAUAUAAUGGGAAAGUGAAAUAUUUGCUAAUGAUAUUUGUUUUCGAUAGCUACCCUUUUUUUUGUUUUCUUUUUUUCUUGCGCUGAGGUUUUGGUUGUUGCGAGUGGAGGUUGUUUCUGUGGUUUCCUUUGAAGGGAUAGUCUGGUUUAUUUCUUUCUCUGUUUGCCAUAUUUGGUUUUGGACGAUGAUGAUCAUGGAUUAGAGGUUGUGGGCUCAGGUGGCCCUCUGAGUGCUUGUUGCUUUCUAUAUCAUCGUCUUCGCUCAUCCGUCUCAAAUAUGCAGACCACUACAUCAAGAGGUGGUGGUGGUUCCGCGCUUCAGAACGCCAGGAAGCUCAAAACUGCCGCAUCAGAUUCUACUUGUGUUUCUUCUCCAAAUCCGAUUAUCAAAACAGCCAAGGAUCGAAGUCUUAAAACCAUUGAUCGCAGAUUACCGCGUGCUCCAGUUACUGAGAAAAAGAGGCCGAACAAACCGUCUGAAUCAGAGGCUCGGAUCGCGCAGCUCCAAGAGGAUCUGAAGAAGACGAAGGAGCAGCUGAGCUCAAGCGAGUCAUGGAAGCGAAGAGCUCAGCAAGAGGCUGAGGAAGGCAGGAAGCAGCUCGCAGCCAUGGCAGCGGAGCUCGAGGAGUCUCGGAAUCAACUCAAGGAGCUCUCCGAGUGCGAAGAAGCUCGACUGCAGGAGCUGCGUAAGAUAUCUCAGGAACGAGAUAGGGAGUGGCAGUCGGAGCUGGAAGCCUUCCAGAAGCAGUACUCGAUGGACUCCGCGGCUCUGUCCUCCGCCAUGAACGAGAUCCAGAAGCUGAAGAUGCAGCUGGAUAGGGUGUCUCAGUCGGAAGCUGCUCAAGCGAGGCAUGCCGAGUCCGCGCAUGCCGAGAUUCAGAGCUUGAGAGUCGAAUUGACGGAAACUCUGCUCUUAGUUGAUAGACUCAAGACUCAAUUGAACGACAGUAGAGAUUAUGAAUCACACGCCCUUGAUGAGGUGAGUAGAGCUGAAACGCAGUUGCAAGUUGUUAAAACUGCUGAGAAUGAGCUCAAGCUGGAGCAUGACAAUGUCGUCGAAUUGUAUAACGCUUUGUUGCUCGAUUUGGAGAAGUCCAACUGUAGAGUGAAAUCGUUGGAGGAGCUCGUCGCCACGCUGCAGAGUGAUCUAGCUAACAGCAGCAACGUCUCUGCAAAUUCUUCAGCUGAAAAUGGUGAUCGAGAAGCUGCGGAACUCAACGCCUUGAAAGGUGAAAUGGAUGAGCUGAGAUCCGCCCUCGCAGAUGCUGAAAGGAGGUACAGAGAUGAGUACAUUCAGAGCACGAUGCAGAUCCGAAACGCCUAUCAGCUGGUGGAGCUCACGAGAUCAGAGUCAUCGGAGAAAGAGGCUCAACUUGACGCGAAGCUAAGAGAAUCAAGAGCAGAAGUCGAGGAAUUGAGGAUUAAACUGUUUGAAAAGGAAAACGCAGCCUCAAACUUGGAAGAAGAUGAUGAUGAUGAGAGAGAGGCCGAGCUCAAGGCCAGUUUAUUGGACAAAGAGGCGCAGCUGCAGGCGACAGCAGAAGAAAACGAGAUGCUGAGGCGCGAAAUGAUGAAGACGGAGACUGAGCAAAGCAAAGCAGAGGAAUCAUCACAAGCUGCAGAGCAGGAAGCCUUACUGCAGAGGCUUGACUCAUUGACGGAGGAAGCAAACAAGAGCUGCAAGAAGGUGGCGCGCGUCACUGAGCAGCUGGAUGCAGCUCAGGCGUCCAACUCGGAGCUGGAGGCCGAGCUGCGGAGGUUGAAGGUGCAGUGCGAUCAGUGGAGGAAGGCGGCUGAAGCUGCUGCUGCGAUGCUGUCUACGACUAAUAAUGGCAAGUAUGGGGAGAGACGAGGCUCCUUCGACUACCACUCCAUCACUAGUAAACUGAGCUCUCCACAAUCUGAUGAUGAAGACGAUGAUUCACCAAAGAAGAAGAAUGGCAAUAUGUUGAAGAAGAUAGGGGUGCUGCUGAAGAAAGGCCACAAGUAGAUGUCAAGUUUUGUAUUCCCCGUUUUUUGUUCAUUUUAUGUCAUUUGAAUUUUGUGUCAAUUCUUCCUAGAAUCCUGCCAUUAUGGUCAAUUUUGCAAAGUGAUCUUCUUUCCCUUGUAACUAUUGGCUGCUCUUGUAUUUUGUAAUCCUUUUGAGUUUAAUUCAAUCACUUUUUUCUUGCC